CACAUCGUGACUCGUUCUCUCGUGAGCAAUAUUUGUUUGACAUAAAUUUAAAACCAAUGUUCUACGAAAUUUUUUUAUAAUCAAACGCCAUAAAAAUAAAAAUUUCAAUCGGAAAAUGUAAAAUCUAUUUAUAUAUCGAAUAUAUAAAAUUUUACGAUUAUUAUCACAAAAACCUUAUAAGAAACUUAGGUUAUAAAAAUCAAUAAUAGAAAUGGGUAGAAUUCUUUAUCUUUUAAAAAAUAUUUAAAAACUAGAAAGCAUAAAAUAAAACGUGUUAAAACUAGUUUAUACUAGAUUUAAAAAAAAAAUGUCAAUCAGCACAGAAAAAUUAAUAGAUUAUUUCAGUAUCUCAAAUGCAACUAAUUUAAAUGGACAAAAUGUCUUGCACUAUAUUGUCACAACAGGUUGCAUAGGUUUAACGCAUUACCAAUGCAACAAAUUGAUAAAAUAUUUUAUAAAUAAAGGCUGUGAUAUUAAUUUACAAGAUAAUCUAGGCAGAACACCAAUUCAUGUUGCAGUCGAAGAAGAAAAUGUCAAUGAGUUAGACAUACUUUUAACCAAUGGAGCUGAUCCAAAUAUUCUUGAUAACGAGGGCAAAACUGUCUUUGAACAUUCAUGGCAAAGGUUGGGGAAGGGAACUCAUACUUCAUUUAAAAUACAAUCAUACAGAUACUUAGCAUGCUAUUUAAAUAAAAUGCAAGUUGCAGGAUGUUGGAUCAGUGAACGAAAUAGACAUAUUUAUAGAAUAUCUCUAAAUGCUUACAAUUACUAUUGUCACAGCAAUUUAGAGGUGCAUUCAAAAGAAUUGCAUAAAAUGUCUAAAAUUUACCUAAAUCAUCAAAUAAAUUUGAAGAGCUUUCUUGAAAAGAAAGAAAAUGAAAUAUCACUAUUGAUAAAUAGCGAAAUAUUAGAAAAGGUUUUGAAAAAUGUAGACCACGAAUUUCCUAUAUUUGGCUGUGUUUUAAAAUUACAGUAUACUAAAGGAUUCGCUAAUAAAAAACUUUCCAACAAUGCACAUAUUGCCUUAGAAAAAAUGAUCAACUUCAAAUUACCAGUUUUGUGUUUUGAAAAUAUCAGAAUCUAUCUUGAUCAGACAGAUUUAAAAAAUAUGAUAAAUUCAAUUAAAGAACUUCAAAAGAAAUACAGCAAUUGUACAUUGAAAGAAUUUUCACAAGUUUGCAAAAUGGUUAUUCAAUCAUUUUAAAACAAGAUAAUGCGAGUAAGAUAUCUAUGUAAUUGUUACAUAAUUUGUUAAUUGUAAAUACCAAAAGUACUCAAUAUAAUGUUUUUCAACAUUUUAAAUAAAACUAUUUUAUUUGUAUGGUAAAGAAUAAUUAUAGGGUGGCUAUUAAUUAUGUAAAAAAAAUUUUCAUCACAAAAUACA